AUGAGAAAUAAAAAAGCAAAUCCUUUAGUUAAAGCUCGUAUUAGACGAAAAGUUGAUAUAAAAGGCAUUCUAAUAAGAACAUCCAAUAAAUUUGAAGUCUUGUACGAAGAGGUUGCGAAUAGGUUAAGUUCAUUUGGAGUAUCACUUGCAUCACAGAAAAAGAAAUAUUUAAACAAAGUCAAACUUGCAAGAAAAAAGCUAAUUGUAUAUGGCUGGACGCUUGCAGGUGGACAGAUAUUUAAUGUAGGCCAUUUGUCUGAAUUUUGCUAUAUGACUGAUUUAUCUCAUUCAAUAUAG